GACACCGGCAGCCAUGGUGAAGGCGCGCAAGAUCGUGAUCGCCCGCGUGUUCCAGGGAGAGCCGCGGCUCCAAGACUUCCGCAUCGAGGAGGAGGACCUGCCGGCCCUCCGCGAUGGCCAGAUACUCGCCGAGGCAGUCUACAUCAGCGUCGAUCCCUACCAGAGGGCGUACAAGAACAUGCACCAAGUCGGCGCCACCAUGAUCGGCUCGCAGGUGGCCCGCAUCGUGGAGAGCCGUGCGGCGGGCUUCCCAGUGGGGCGGUACGUGGUCGGCUACUGGGGGUGGCGCGACCGCACCGUGGCCGACGUGGGGCCGGAUGCGCCCUACUUCAUGUCGCCGGUCAUGCUGGUGCCAGACCUGGGGGAGCUGCCCCUCUCCCUCUCUCUGGGGGUGCUGGGCAUGCCCGGAAUCACGGCCUACUUUGGACUGCUGGAGAUCUGCAAGCCUAAGGAGGGAGAGGUCGCCGUAGUCAGUGGGGCAGCAGGUGCUGUGGGGUCCGUAGUCGGGCAGAUAGCGCGCCUCAAGGGGUGCAAAGUAAUUGGCUUCGCAGGAUCAGACGCUAAGGUGAAGUGGCUGAAAGAGGAGUUGGGAUUCCAUCACGCAUUUAACUACAAGACGAAUGACGUCACAGAGGCGCUGAAGCAGGCGGCACCUGACGGCGUCGACGUGUACUUCGACAACGUGGGCGGCGAGAUGAGCAGCGCAAUCAUCAACAGCAUGCGAGAGUACGGUCGCAUCUCCGUGUGCGGCGCGAUAUCUGGAUACAACGAGUCUAAUCUCCCGAAGGCUACCAUCAUCCAGCACGCAGCCAUAUUCAAGCAGCUCCGCAUGGAGGGAUUCAUGUACAUCCGAUGGCACGACCGCUGGGGAGAGGGCAUCGGACAGCUGAUGCAGUGGAUCAGGGAGGGGAAGAUCAAGUACCACGAGACUGUUACCGACGGCUUCCAGAACACUCCCAAAGCCUUUGUUGGCAUGCUGCAAGGAGAGAAUCUAGGGAAAGCUGUUGUUAAAGUCUGAAGCGUGAGGAAUACUACCGUACUGGAUUUGGGUGCAUAAGCGGGGACAAAGACAUUUUGUUACAGUAUUUUGUGCAGUGAACUACAAAAGGUAGCUGGAUGACUGGGACAGAACAUUCUUUCAGAAUUUGUUUGUGCUUUCAUUUUGCCAACUAGAUUUUACGUCAUGAUACACUUUUUGUAAGCUAAAAAGAAAUAAAUUUUAUAGAAAACCUUU